UAAAAAUUCAACAUAGUAUAGAUACCAGUGUAUUCCAAUGAACUAAGAACAAAUAAGAUAAAAAAAAUAAUAAUUGUUUAAAUAUUGUGGAAGAUAAGAGUACAUUUAGUCAAGAACAGAACACUCAACCUAGCACAACAUCAAAGCACCAUCAUGGAAGAAAAAAAGUGGACACCCACAGGAUCGGCGGCAUCCACUUCAAGGAAUACAAACAAACAACUUUUGCCUAGAACCAUCAGAAAUAAGGAUGCCGACUCAUAUGAAGCAACUGAAAAUACCUAUCACGGAAGAAGCAGCUACACAACAAAGAUACAACAGAGAAUAACAACUGAAUAUAACCCACCCGAUGGAGGGACUCGAGCUUGGUUAGCUAUGAUAAGUGCCUUCUUCUGCUUAGGACUUAUUUUCGGAUUGAUUAAUUCGUAUUCGGUGAUAUACUCAUAUUUGCAACGCAGAUUUACAUCUUGGGAAGAUCCAGAAGCAUCAAGCAAAGCAGCUCUUAUUGGAUCGUUUACUUUCGGAACUACUCUCUUUUGCUCUCCCAUUGCUGGAAUGAUGACCGACAAGAUUGGUGUCCCAUUUACAACUUUAAUUGGAGGCGUUAUCAGUGUGCUUGGACUCUUUUUCUCAUCGCUUUCUCCAUGGAGUGUAACUGGUCUUCUAUUUACAUAUGGCUUCAUGUUGGGUCUUGGGUCAUCUUUGGUGUACACUCCCACACUUUCGGUCUUGGGCAUAUAUUUCAAACGCUAUUUGGGGAAGGUCAAUGGUUUCGUUUGUACAGGUGCAAGUAUUUUCACCGUAAUAAUGCCACCAAUCCUAUCUUACAUCCUGACCACAUACGACUUUCGUACAGCACUUCAAGUCUUAGCAGUUUGUUUUUGCUUCUUGAUAGUUUCAGCAUUUGUUUAUGGGCCAAUGCAAUGUCCAGUUGUUAAAGAAUCUGGAGAUGGUCAUUCAAGUCCAGUGUUUAACAUUGAUAUAUGGAAGGAGAGAUCCUAUAUCAUCUGGACCCUAAGUUGUGCUCUAGCUUUGUCCGGCUACUAUGUGUCCUAUGUCCAUAUGGUUAAAUUUACUCAAAUCAAUUUUCCAAGACGUAACAGUAAUUUGCCAAUUAUGUGCAUUGGAGCAGCAUCGUGUAUUGGUCGAAUGAUUGUCGGAAUUCUAGCAGAUAUUCCAGGAAUCAAUAGAAUUCGAAUACAUCAAGGUUCAUUGAUUGGAAUGGGUGUGGUAACUGUGAUGCUGCCCUAUAUUUCAUCAUUCAAUACUCUCUUGAUAAGUUCUGCAGCUUUGGGAGUAUUUGAUGGAAUGUUCUUUCCAGUACUCGGACCAAUAUGUUAUCAAUUGUGUGGAUCAAGUGGUGCUGCACAAGCUAUUGGAUGCUUUUUGGGACUAGUAGCAGUGCCAAUGACUAUUGGCCCGGUAUUGGCGGGAAAGAUUUUCGAUGAAACACAAUCAUAUACAUUGCCAUUUAUAAUUGCUGGAAUUCCAUCAAUAUUGGGUGCACUUUGCAUGUGUUUCAUUGAUAAUAAUUCAGAAUAUGAAAGACUUGAUUGUUUUGAAACUGUACAAGAAGGAGUUUCCAGUAGUAAUUUAUUGAAUGAAAAUACCUAUUCGAUUGUGAUUGAAUCGGCUAAGGCGGCUUUACCUGAGAAGGAAACCAGUGUUUCUGACACACCAAAGCGGCGAUAUAGAUACACAAUUUUAUAAGCAAAAAUAAAACAAUUUUAAAAGGUAU